AUGGCAACUCCACUAAUCACUGCCACACAAUGCUUUGUGCCUAAACCUAAGGAAGAGGAGAAGCAAGUGGAGGAGACCUACAAAAGGUAUAGACAGCUCAUAGUCCCAACCCUUCCACGGCAAAAGGGAUGGAUGAGCGAGCACUUGUACAUGCACCAAGACUAUUGGUUUGAGACGACGAUCGUAGAAGGUGUCAUGUACCUCCAGGAACACUUUAAACCUCGGCCGGCCGAUGUUCUCCUAGCCACUGCCCCCAAGUGUGGCACAACCUGGCUCAAAGGCUUGAUCUUCUCGAUCAUCAACCGAACAUGUUACAAUGCAAGUGCGAAAGACCACCCCCUGCUUACAGCCGGCGUGCAUGAGUGCAUGCCUUUCUUGGAGGUGCACCUGUUCACGGAUCUCCCUAUUGGGGACACGGAGAUCCUAUCCUCGCCACGCCUGCUAAGCACUCACGUUCCCUACGCCAUGCUGCCUGAAUCAGCCAGAGGCCCUAACGGCUGUCGCAUCGUGCAUAUGUGGAGAAACCCGAGAGACGCAUUUGUUUCUUUCUGGCACUUCGUGACCGGAUGGAGACGGAAGGCUCAACUGUCAGAACUUUCGCUUUGUGAAGCAUUCGACUUGUUCUCCCAAGGGGUGUCUCCUUAUGGACCUUUCUGGGAUCAAAUCUUAGGCUAUUGGAAAGCAAGUCAAGAGUACCCUGACAAGGUAUUGUUCCUAAAGUACGAAGACAUGAAGAGGGAUCCAAAACACCUCGUAAAAAAACUAGCCGAGUUCUUGGGGCAGCCCGUCACCGUGGAGGAGGAGGAGAGGGGCGUCGUGGACGAGAUCCUCGCUCUAUGUAGCUUUGAGAGCAUGAGCAAAGCUGAGGUCGCCGAAAAAGGGAACUUUCACGGAGGACGUCCGAGUUAUAAAGACUUCUUCAGGAAAGGCGAGGUUGGAGACUCGAAGAAUCUUCUGACGGAUGAUAUGAUUCGGCGCCUCGAAGAGAUUACUAAGGUAAAGUUCAACGGCACUGGAUUGGAAAUAUAA